UGGCGCGGGGUGUUGUGGGAUAUUGGCGGUAUUUCCGGCGACGGUUUUGGAGGAGCGAGAGCGGUUCGAUCUCAGGUUGAACAAUGGCAAACAUGGAGGCCCUUGUGCAAAGGUUGGAGAAAGCUGUUUCACGACUGGAGACGUUAGAAUCCAGUAGCAAUGCAGAAUCUGGAUCUGAUGUGGUUGCUCCCUUUGUAGAGGCAUUUGAUGAGAUGUUGGUUGGAACAAUUGCAAAAUAUUACAAACUAAGCAAGGAGAUUGGAGGUGAUGUUGGAGAACAUGCUGACUUGGUCAAUGAAGCUGUGAAGAUGGAGAGAGCAUUCCUGGUAACUGCCUCCCAAAGCCAGCAGCCUCCAAUGAAAGAAUUGACCCAAUUACUUCAGCCUCUCUCCAACAAAAUUUCACAAAUCCAAGACUUCCGGGAGAGAAAACGUUCAAGCGCAAAGUUCAAUCAUCUGUCGGCAAUUAGUGACAGCAUCCCUGGUCUGGGAUGGCUGGCAAUUGCUCCCAAACCUGGUCCUUAUGUUAAGGAGAUGACUGAUGCUGCUAUGUUUUAUACCAACAGAGUUUUGAAGGAAUACAAAGACACUGAUAAAAGACAUGUGGAGUGGGUUAAGGCAUACAUAAGCUUCUGGACUGAACUUCAAGCAUAUAUCAAAGCACACCAUACAACUGGGCUUUCAUGGAGUAAGACUGGUCCAAAAGCAACUGCGUCUUCAGUUACUACAUCACCUUCAGCAGGAAUUGCCCCCCCUCCUCCUGGGCCGCCGCCACCACCACCACAAGAAGUUGCUUCCUCAGUGGACACAACCAGUUCAAGAGCAGCUCUGUUUAGUGAACUUAAUAAAGGAGCAGAAAUUACAAGUAGACUGAAGCAUGUGCCAGACAGUAGUAAAACUCAUAAGAACCCAGCAUUAAGAAAUGCAAAUACACCUGCACAUACUGGACCAAAACCAUUCAAAGCAGCUGCUGCUUCACCAACACCAUCAGCCAAGAAAGAGCCACCUAUGCUACAGUUGGAAGGAAAGAAAUGGAGAGUGGAAAACCACGACAAUGCCAGUAACCUAUCUAUUCAGGUGGCAGAGUUGAAGCAAGUUGCAUAUGUGUACAAGUGUACCCAAAGCACCCUUACCAUCAAAGGCAAGAUCAACUCAAUCACUGUUGAUAACUGUAAGAAACUGGGUCUAGUUUUUGAGGAUGUUGUUGGAAUUGUGGAAGUCAUAAAUUCACGAGAUGUGAAAAUUCAGGUGUUGGGUAAAGUGCCAACUAUAUCCAUCAAUAAGACUGAUGGCUGCCAUGUCUACCUUAGUAAGGAUUCCCUCAAUUGUGAAAUUGUUAGUGCCAAGUCCUCUGAGAUGAAUGUCUUGAUUCCUGUCAACGACGAUUUUGUUGAGUACCCUGUUCCAGAACAAUUCAAGACUGUCUGGAACGGGAAGAAACUGAUGACUACAGUAACAGAAAUAUCUGGUUAAAUACAUGGUUACUGAGGAUGUUUUAUCUACAGGCAUGAUCUUAAUGUUGCUAGUAAUGAUAAGCCUGAUUAAUCUGUAGAAGCAACAAGCUAACUUUCUGCACAAUCUACUCUUAAAACUUAGCCUAUCACUCCUCAUGAGAGGUAAUUAAUCUGCUACAGCAUAUACCUCAGAUGUACUGGGAUUAGCCUUUCCAGUAUAAAAUGGCCUUUAGUAGCUGGAUUUUAAGCAUGACUGGCCUGAGAUUCUAAAAGUAUGAAUAAUUGAAUUUAUGGGAGUAGAAUGCUUACAGAAUGGAAAAAUUGGAGAGAACUUCUAAGUAAAGUGCAUCAUGCAAUUUUAUUCAAGGCGAACAUCGCUGAGCUGUUAUUUGCAUGGGUGAGAUAAGGUUUUGUGCUCAGCCUUGCACUAAAAAUCUGAAAAUUGAAAUGCAUUAAUACCAUUCUAAUCCUAAAAUUACUAUCAAAGCUAAGGAAGUUCUAAUAUGCAAAGAUGUAUUUUUAAUUUGCUUCUUGCCUUGAUUAUUUAGGCUUUGGGAACUAUUGUUGCUUUUUAAAUUAUAGGUGAAACAAUUAAUUCAUUGCUGGGAUUGGUUUUUAUCCCUGAAACCACGUAGCCUUUUAUAGAAAGAUCACAAUCGUUGAUUAUAAAAACCUCCAUUGCCAUGAACCAGACCAAAAAUUCAAUGCAAUGGUCAAAGAACGGUUACAGCAUAGAUAGGAGGUGGUCUUUUGGCCCCUGGCUUUUGUGGAUCAUGUUUUGAAAAAUGGAAGUGAAGUGUGUCAAUUUUCUUCAGAACUGAAAUGUGGGAACUGAGGUUAUUAUGGACUAGCUGUCUUUAAAGCAUUCCUUAAAUCCUCAAACUUAAGCAUUCCAAGGUGAAAAUUUAUCCUCAAAUUUUCUUUUUUGCUCCAUCUUGUACCUUAGCUCCUGUGGCUUCACGUGGUGUUCUUCUGCAGUUUGCUUGGCCUAACGUUUAUUUCUAGCACAAUUGAUGUAAGCUGAAGUUGAGGCUGAUAUGGUUUGUCCCCUGUUGUGGUUUUAAAAAUAAAAUUAGAACUUCACUCCACUUUUUCUCAGGGUCUGAUUCCUACUGAAAUGUGCAGUGGCUGUUCAGAAUAUCGCUGAUAUGCAGUACCUGAGUUUUGGUGUCUGCUUUCAGAGAGCAUUUGUUGUCUAGAAACAUUCCAUACCCCAAAAAGCAAACUUAACAUUACAGAAAGGAAUAAAACAGUUAAUUCACUUUAUUGUUUCAAUAAUAGAUUAAAUAAGGCUAUUUUGUAUCUGGAUAUUAAACAAUUCAGCACAGUUGCAUUGAGUACUUUUUCCAGAAUUUUGUUUCAAUUUAAAAUAAAUUCAGCGCAAUGACUUGCACAUUGUGCUUGUUUUCUUUCAUUGACAAUGCAUUUUUUGGGUACAUUGUGCUUCAGAUUCAACUUUUUUUGAAAUUACCAAUAAUGGUGAAGUCAUUGGGGAUGAAAGUAGUUAUGACUUCUGAAUGGGCCACCGAGCAUGUUGUAUUUGAUGUAAUUAAUGUCAAUAUCUGAGCUAUUUGAGAAAUACAUGUAGACCUUGUAAGUUUCUAAUUAAUGAUUGUGGCAAAUUGGGUUACAAGGCUGCUACAAGAAGUUAGAAAUAAGAUUGAAACCAAUUUUCUUAAUUGCCUUGAACUUUACAUUUUGUACAAAAUGAUGACAAUUCAGUGCUGAGUUACAUUUAGAGGAAGCUUAAUCCAGGAGUAGAUUUUGUGCUUUUGACAAGUGCUGCUCUAUCUCUCAAUGUGCACUUGGGCAAUUGGUACUUUGUCAACAACCUCAAUAUUCUGUGUAAUUUUAGUACUGUACAAAGGGAUCAAACUCAGUUCUUGCUACUUGUGGCUACUAUGCUCUUAUCAAAUUAAACUUCAAAAUAAAAUUUUGUCAACUA